GGUACAUACUGUUAAAAUUAACGCAUAAUACCUUUUCGGAAAAGGAUUUGCGUUAUCGCCACUAUCUGCGAAAGCUUUCGAUCGCGGUUGAAUGCUGCCCCUUUCUCAAGUUAUUAAUUUCAAGAAUGGAUACUACUUCUCCUGAUUUUGAGCUUUCUAAAAAGCUCAUACAACUCGUAAAAGAUCAACCUUUUCUCUAUGACAAAGAUUUAGAAGAUUUCAAGGAUGAAGCUAAGAAGGCGGAAGUUUGGAAAAUCAUUUCGGAGACUCUUAAUCUUGGAGAGGUAGAAGCACAAAUGAGGUGGUCGCGUCUAAGAGUUGAGUUUGGAAGGCAUCGUCGUAAGAGGCAGGCUGCUGAAGUUUGUGGUACUCAAGUUAGAGACUGGCCUCUGUAUAGCUUGUUGACUUGGCUGGCACCACAUGUUAAAAUGAGAGCGAAAAGAGGGAAGCGAAAGAAAGAUAAAGUUGUUCUACAGGAAACUUAUGGCUACAAACCUAUCCUACCACGUCCAAAUUGGCUUUUAAAUGUUGAUGGAGGAGUCAGUGUUGAUGUAAAUCCAAGUAUAGUGAUGCAAAAUAGUCAGGAAGACAUCACUGAAUCAUUUGUAGUCAGCCCUGACACCGCUGACAUUGAUGAUGACGCCAGUCAAGAAAAUGCUCAUCAUAGUUCAGCGCUCAGUAAAGAUUUUGGCACUGGCAAGGAUCACUCCUACUCAAAUAACAGUUAUGCAGCUGAUAGUCGCUCAGGUCAGUUAACUGGCUUUGAAGAGGAAAAUGAAGAUAAUUUAUUUUGCCGCAGUAUAUGUGCGUCCUUAAAACGCUUUACAUAUCAACAAAAAGCCCUAGCCAAGAUCCGUAUCCAACAAGUUAUGUAUGAAGUAGAAUUUGAGCAAUCUGAAUCCCGGAAUCAAGUGCAAUCCAAGUGACAAUUUGUUUAAUGUGGCUUUUGAAGUUUGCUUGAUGAUGACAAUUUUCAAUGAGACAUGUUAUGUUGGGUGUAUGUACUGUGUUCUUUUUUUCUGCCAAUGGAUUUUUUUUCUUUUUGUUACACAUGUAUCAUAAUCUUAUUAUAAGACCAUACUGAAAUUUUCAUGCCAAUGAACUUAUAAGUGAUAUUCUGAGGUAUGAGCUCAUUGUAAAGAACGAUAAACUACUUUGACAUGAAGUGUUGACAAAAUAUCAUUCAUAAAUUUCAAUCUUCUAUAUUUAAAAUAAUGAUCAAAUGAUCACGAAAAGUUGUUCUUUUCUUUCUGUUAUUACAAAAGUUAGCAUAGCAAAAUCUGUAAGUUACAGGUAAUGUCCUGGUGUCAGGUAAUCCGCAGAUUUCCUUGAGAAGGUCAGGGUCACUUGGGCCCAAUAUUUAACUAGACAAAAAACAAAUUAUCAAUUUCUUAGAAAUGAUCAAUAAUUUAUUUGGACAGAUAGAAGUCAAGUGAUUUUGUUCUAUUUUCCUCUUGUCUGUGAAAAAUAUUUCAGUUUACCGUUCUGUCUCUAGUUUGAAGCUGACCCUUAAACUUGUUAAAUGAGCUCACAUUUUCUUAUUCUUUUCUAUUCCUCCUCAUUUCCUACUUUUGACCGAAAGUUACAUGUUUCUCUUAAAACUAUUUGUACUGUGCCUUACUUUAAGAUGUAAUUUUUUUCUUCAAUUAUUUGAAUUUAGAAGUUUUGUUUCACUUAACUAUCUAUCUUACUGUUGUACAUACUUUACUUCAAUACUUAAAUUUAUGUGUAUGUUUUUUUUAUUAUUUGUAGAUCUAGUUGUUAUUUAAAAGAGCUAGACUAAAAUUUAGAGCAGGUUCAUGUUCUUUAGAUAAGAGGGUGAUUUAAGUUAUUGUUUCUGUGCUCAGUGUGUGUAAAUUAUGAGAUGAAUUUGACAAAUAAUCCUAGUGAGUCAAUGUACAAGCAACAUGUCCUUAUUUAAAUUAAAUUAGAAUUUCACACA